CGAAAUGCUCGCCACUUUGCUGCCGCUCUUGCUCGCGCUCAAAGUCGAGCCGAUCGGCAGCAGGGCCGGUCCGGUCGCGACAUCGCACUCGCGGCGCGACGCAGUCGCUGUCUCGCUCCUCGGCUCCAUCGCGCUCGUGCAGCCCGUCUUUGCGGUCUCAAACCCGUGGGAUAAGGGUCCUGUCGAAGGCCUGAAGGCGGAGAGCACCUGCAAGCCCAAAGGGACCUGCGCUUGCAACUGUAUGCCCGACGGCUUUGGCGGCUACAAGGAGCGCGAGAGCGCUGUCAAGCCGGUCGCCGCUCAGAUCGUCGAGGCCAUCAUCGACGACGACUCGCCAGCGCCCGCCGUGGCUGCCGCGACAAAGGUUGCGCCAGCCAAGGCUGCGCCCGCGGCCCGCGCUUCGAGCUCCGCGGCCGCGCUCAGCUUUGAUGAGCUCGUCGCCAACAGCGUGAAGACGAAGGAGGAGGUCUACGGCCGCAAGCUCACGGACGCAGAAGUCGCCGAUCUCAAGGCCAAGGUCACCAAGCUGAUGGCAAUGUGAGCGAGAGCGCUCUUACACAGCAUGCAGUGAGGCGGCGGGCAGCGCGAUCACGCUAGUGUCCGGCAAGUGCGCACGGUCGAGUGGACGGUGCGUUUUGGCCGUUUCUGCAUUGGUCACGCCGCCGGAGCGCGAGCCGACGGUGGAGCCACCGUGUAGCCGAACCGCUUGUCCCAAACGUAGUAAUUGUCGGUAUAUAGAAACACAAACGGUCAAC